UUUAGUCAUCAUCGUUCAGUUGCUUAUUCACCUACAUGGUCGGAAUUUCUUCUUGCUAAACGUAAUCCACCUUAUAAUUCGAAAAAAACAGCUAGCUUAGAAUCACUUGUAAAAGUUCAUCGAAAUUGGCAUCGAUUACCACAACUUGGUUUCUGGUUUUGGGCAUUUGCUGCUUUGCUUUUAGCGACAACAAUGCGUAUCGUUAUUCGUGGUGUCAAGGACGGUAAAUGGGAAUUUUAA